AUGCUUUGGAAGGUGCUGGUGUUGGCUGCGGGGAGUCCUUCGCCUGUGGUGGUGGUGCUGAGCGGCUCCAUGUUGCCUGCUUUCAGCAGGGGUGAUAUACUCUUUCUGCUGGACCAAGGGCCCAAGACGGCGGUUGGCGAUAUUGUGGUCUUCAAGGUUGAAGGGAGAGAGAUUCCAAUUGUACACCGCAUACUGAAUAUGCACACAAACAGCGCGGGCGAAAUGAGGCUGUUGACAAAGGGGGACAACAACUCCGUGGAUGACAGGGGCCUGUAUGCUAACAAGGAUUUAUGGCUGAAGGACUCGAGCAUCAUGGGGACUACCGUAGUGUAUCUUCCGUACGUAGGACAGGUGACGAUCCUCCUGAACGAUUACCCCGUAGUCAAGUGGACGCUUAUAGGAGGAAUGAUCGCGCUUGCUUUGCUAGGGUACGAAUAA